UAGUGGUGCGUAUAUAAAGAGGUGUUCAACACCAUCUGUAACAGAACACAACCAAAAAUUACUUUGAACUCUCUCUCUCUCUAGAAAAUCUAAUCUGAGAGUGAGUUUUGAGUUCGUUCGAGUUUCCUCAUAUCUGAACUUAAAUCCAUUGCUUGUUUGAGUUGUGAGCAAUGGAAGCCAUGGAUCCUACUCGUGUUUUUGUGAAGGAUGUUAAACGUGUUGUUGUCAAGGUCGGGACUGCUGUUGUUUCCCGUGAUGAUGGAAGAUUGGCACUGGGUAGACUCGGAGCACUCUGUGAGCAGAUCAAAGAAAUGAACACCCGUGGAUUUGAGGUCAUUUUGGUGACUUCAGGUGCUGUUUGUGUUGGCCGUCAAAGACUCAGAUACAGAAAAUUGGUUAAUAGCAGCUUUGCUGAUCUUCAAAAACCACAAGAUGAAUUAGAUGGAAAGGCUUGUGCAGCUGUUGGACAAACUGGGCUCAGUGCUCUAUACGAUGCUUUAUUUAGUCAGCUGGAUGUGACUUCUUCUCAGCUGCUUGUAACCGACAACGAUUUUAGGGAUCCAGAUUUCAGGUUGCAGCUUAGUGAAACAGUAAAUUCAUUGUUAGAUUUGAAGGUCAUUCCAAUUUUUAAUGAAAAUGACGCCAUAAGCACACGGAAAGCUCCAUAUGAGGAUUCUUCUGGCAUAUUUUGGGACAACGACAGUUUAGCAGCUUUGCUGGCUAUGGAGCUGAAGGUUGACCUACUUAUUUUGUUGAGUGAUGUAGAUGGCCUAUACAGUGGCCCUCCUAAUGAGCCGAACUCAAAGUUGAUUCAUACAUAUGUUAAAGAAAAACAUCAAACAGAGAUUACAUUUGGCGACAAGUCCAGGGUUGGGAGAGGGGGUAUGACUGCAAAGGUUAAAGCUGCUGUCUAUUCAGCUUAUGCAGGUGUCCCUGUUGUUAUUACAAGUGGCUAUGCUACUGAUAACAUCUUAAGAGUACUUCAAGGUGAACGAAUUGGUACCCUCUUUCAUCAAGAUGCACAUUUGUGGAUUCCAGUUCACGAUGUUGGUGCUCGCGAGAUGGCUGUUGCAGCAAGAGAUUGCUCCAGACGACUUCAGAGUCUCUCUUCACAAGAUAGAAAGAAAAUUUUGCUGGACAUAGCUGAUGCUCUGGAAGCAAAUGAGAACUUGAUCAGAGCUGAGAAUGAAGCUGAUGUUGCUGAUGCACAACAAGCUGGUUAUGACAAGUCACUGAUAUCUCGAUUGUCUAUGAAGGCUGGGAAGGUUUCUAGCCUGGCGAAGUCCAUCCGUGUACUUGCAAGCAUGGAAGAACCAAUUGGUCAAGUUUUGAAAAAAACAGAGCUUGCGGAUGGGCUUAUUUUAGAGAAGACAUCAUCUCCCUUGGGUGUUCUCCUUAUUGUUUUUGAGUCUCGGCCUGAUGCAUUGGUUCAGAUUGCAUCAUUAGCUGUUCGUAGUGGGAAUGGGCUCCUUCUGAAAGGAGGAAAAGAAGCAAAGCGAUCCAACGCUAUUUUGCACAAGGUUAUUACUGGAGCCAUCCCAGAUACCGUUGGUUCCAAGCUUAUUGGACUUGUUACAUCAAGGGAGGAGAUUCCGGAUCUCCUUCAGUUGGAUGAUGUGAUAGAUCUUGUUAUUCCAAGGGGUAGUAACAAGCUUGUUUCUCAAAUAAAGGAGGCAACGAAAAUACCUGUUCUUGGUCAUUCCGAUGGGAUUUGCCAUGUUUAUGUUGACAAGUCAGCUGACUUAGAAAUGGCAAAACAAAUUGUUUUGGAUGCGAAGACAGACUAUCCAGCAGCUUGCAAUGCUAUGGAGACACUUCUUGUACAUAAAGAUUUAUUGAACACUGAUGGCCUUACUGAGCUUGUUGUAGAGCUUCAAAAUGAAGGUGUUACUCUGUACGGUGGACCAAGAGUAAGUUCCUUGCUAAACAUUAAAGAGACAGAAUCAUUUCAUCAUGAGUACAAUUCAAUGGCUUGCACAGUUGAGAUCGUGGAUGAUGUGUAUGAAGCUAUUGACCAUAUACACCAGCAUGGAAGUGGUCAUACUGACUGCAUCGUGGCAGAAGACCGUGAUGUUGCAGAUGUGUUCCUGCAGAUGGUUGACAGUGCGGCUGUACUUCACAACGCAAGCACAAGAUUUUGUGACGGUGCUCGUUUUGGACUUGGAGCAGAGGUUGGAAUAAGCACAAGCAGGAUUCAUGCCCGAGGCCCUGUUGGUGUUCAAGGACUUCUAACUACAAGAUGGAUUCUUAGAGGCACUGGACAAGUUGUAGAUGGUGAUAAAGGGGUCAUUUACACCCAUAAAAAUCUUCCGUUGAAGGCAUAGUGUGUUUCGUGCGCUUGUGUGCGGGGUUUUACUUUAGUGAGGGGGAUAUCUUUUUAGAAACAAUAAGCCCCCCCCAGUUCCCCCCAUUUCAUAUUAUUAUCUACAUCUAUUCAUCUGUCUAGCUUUAUUUUUUAUUGCUUCCUGUCUUUGUAUGGAGAUGUAGUUUUAUGAACUAUUUGCUACAGAUAAAAAGAUAGAAUGGGUAACACCUUCCUAUGCUUUUUAAGACUUCAUUUUUUAUGUCCUCAGAAAUGAGUACAUGGCAACCGCACUUAAGUUUCCACAUGCAGAAACUCUCUCAAAACAGUUCAGAUGUUAUUCUUUGAAUACACUGUAACCUUCUAUUACAUAAUUUUAGCUGAAUGAGAUUUGUCCACUGGAGCAUAUUUGCUUU